AUGUUGAGGGAGUACGGCCUGGAGGGGGAGUAUGGACGCAUACUGCAUGCUGUCCGGGUUGGCAAUAUUAGAGAGUAUCAAAUCUGCCUCGAGCACAACACUGAUGAGUAUGUGAAGGCUGGGACGUAUAUGGUAAUGGAGAAAUUGCUGUUGGUGUUAUAUAGGAACCUUGCCAAGCGUGUUUACUCGAUAGUAGAUCCCGCCUCGUCUAGUAGCUCCCCUAUGAGCGUGGAGAGCGAGGAUCAUCAACUACAUAGGCCUGAUGCUGACGAGGUCCAGUGUGCUCUAGCUGGCCUCAUAUACAUACAGGCGAUCAAGGGUUACCUGUCGUAUGAGCAUAAGAAGUUCGUCUUCUCCAAACAGAAUGCCUUCCCCCCUAUUGAUAAGUGGAAAUGUGCUGUACCUAGAUUCGACAGCUACGCCGAAUUGGGGGUUCAUCGACACUCCUCUGAUAAGGAGGUUAGAGAGGCGUAUCUAAAGGCCGUCAAACAACACCAUCCUGAUGCUGGAGGAAAUCAUGAGAAAUUCGUUCGAGUGCAACAGGCCUAUGAACACAUUAAUAGGGAUAAGAAGGAUGGCGUGCCGAAGUCGACAAAUACCACAUCGUCUACAUCUUCCUCAUCAUCAUCGUCGUCUUCCUAUUCCUAUCCGAAUAGUGGCGGCUCAGGGUUCGGUGGCUCUGGAGGCUUUGGCGGCUCAACGUGGUGGUGGUCGUCUGGUCGGGGGCGGCCUAAGGGGGAGGACUUCGCUUUUGAUGAAAGGGAGUUUGAAAAGGCAUGGAAUAAGUUCAAGAGAACUCAGCGUAGGCAGGGCAGCGGUCAAUGGGCUCAGUACUACCAGUCGGACUCUGAGGAUGAGGACUACUUUGAUGAGAGUGACGAGGAACGCAUUUUCGAGAGGCGUAGGAAUAACAGUCCUAAGGAGCGAAGGCGCGAGCGAGAGAGCGCUCGUAGAGCGUACGCUAGAUACGCGGAUGAGAAUAUGAAUCCGCGAGAUCGCAAGCCCAAGACAACAGCAGGGCAUUCAGUAGUGGAUAUAGCAACUGCUCACACCUAUCACUCGGGGUUGUUGAAUGGGACGUAUAAACGAAUUGGCAUUUUCAAUGGCCGUCCAGCGUACAGGCGGAUAUCGGGCAAUGAACGAUGGCCAGUCUUCCUCUAUUACUCUGAAAGAUUCAAUGAUUGGAAACUGCAUUCACAGUUGCGGGAUACCAACCUCUGUUACGCCUUCCUGGACGAUCCGGAGUGCUCGAACGCUUUCGACCUCACGAAGAGUACCGAGCCCUGGUUUGUUUUCAAUGAUCGAAAACAUCGGUAUGAGAUAUUGUCAGACAUGAAAUUAACUCUACCCACUCGAGCAGGAGCUACCACGUCUGCUGGAGACAGUGAUGCGACUGAUGAUGCAGGGCCGCCAGCGACAGCGGAGGAGGUGGAGGCGGUGUCCACGUGGUCGGCGGGUGAGUUGAAGCAGUGGUUGGAGGACUGUGGUAUGGCCAAGAAGGCCGAAUUGUGUUUUGAGAAAAACGAUCUAGUCUCAGCAGUGCGGGAGUUGAUGAAAAGUGGCGUCCGGCCGAAGAAGGGUGCCUACUCGGGGAAGGACAAGACUGAUGAUCGAUUCGUUGAUGAUCGAGGAGCUGAUGAGGAGAAGCGGGAGGAAGAAAACAAUCAUGAGGAAUUGACUCUUCUGGACAUGACAAAGGUGAAAGGUAGAGAAGUGAAGCUCGCCUCUCGCAUGAAGUCGGAUGGAAAGAAUAUAAAACCACCAAGGUUGCAGACGAGUUACCAUGCUUUUGGCAAUCGGGUGGAAUUCGCAUAUAAGUCUGGGCAGCCCGUUGAGGAGUUCUUGGCGACCUAUGGAGACCGCGGUAGAGUCUAUGGCGUCUUCGUGGAAGGACAGUAUAAGUUCAGUGUCAUUUGGGACAGGAAGAGCGGUCGAUGGGCACGUGCAAAUUCCCGAUACGAUAGCAGUGAAAGCAGGAAGGAUGAUAAAACGACGAAGACGAAGAAAUGA